AUGUACCCCAGGACCACUGUACCCCAGGACCACUGUACCCCACCACUGGACCACUGUGCCCCAGGACCAGUGUACCACAGGAUCCCAGGACCACUGUACAGGACCACUGUACCCCAGGGACCACUGUGCCCCCAGGACCACUGUACCCCAGGACCACUGUACCCCAGGGACCACUGUGCCCAGGGACCACUGUGCCCCCAGGACCCCCCCAGGACCACUGUGCCCCAGGACCACUGUACCAGGACCACUGUGCCCCGGGACCACUGGUGUACCACUGUGCCCCAGGACCACUGUGCCCCAGGGACCACUGUACCCCAGGACCACUGUACCCCAGGACCACUGUACCCCAGGACCACUGUACCCCAGGACCACUGUACCCCAGGGACCACUGUACCCCAGGACCACUGUACCCCAGGACCAGUGUGCCCCAGGACCACUGUGCCCCAGGACCACUGUAGGACCCCCCAGGUGCCCCAGGGACCACUGUACCCCAGGACCCCCCCGACCACUGUACCCAGGACCACUGUGCCUCAGGACCACUGCCCCCAGGACCACUGUGCCCCAGGACCACUGCACCCCAGGACCACUGUGCCCCAGGACCAGUGUGCCCCAGGACCACUGUACCCCAGGACCACUGUGCCUCCCAGGACCAGUGUGCCCCAGCACCACUGCACCCCAGGACCACUGGGACCACUGCACCCAGGACCACUGUGCCCCCAGCACCACUGCCCAGGACCACUGUGCCCCCAGGACCACUGUGCCACUGUACCAGGACCACUGUGCCCCAGCACCACUGUACCCCAGGACCACUGUGCCCCAGGACCAGUGCCCCCAGGACCACUGCCCCAGGACCACUGCACCCCAGGACCACUGCCCCUGUGCACCACUGCACCACCCAGGACCACUGUGCCCCAGCACCACUACCCCAGGACCACUGUGCCCCAGUGCCCCAGCUGCACCCCAGGACCACUGUGCCCCAGGGACCACUGUGCCCGGGACCAGUGUACCCCAGGACCACUGCCAGGACCACUGUGCCCCCAGGACCACUGCCCCCCCAGGGACCACUGUGCCCAGGACCACUGCACCCCAGGACCACUGUGCCCAGGACCACUGUUGACCCAGGACCCCCAGGACCACUGUGCCCCAGGACCACUGACCCCCAGGACCACUGUACCACUGUACCCCAGGACAGUGUGCCCCUGCCCUGUGCCCCAGGACCACUGA